GUCGACGUCGGUCGCUCGAGAAAAUCGGCUCGCGCCUCUCGUCGCUCACACAAAACCAUCGAGAUAAUGUGAAAGAGCGAUUAAUACUCGUGUAUUCUCGUACGUUCUUCGGCUAUACAUUAAUAUUUAACAGUGCCUUUCGCAAUUAAAGUGAUAGUCACCGUCGCGCAUCAGCUCGCGGCCGCGUAUUGUUCCUUCGUUUCUUUUUUCGUUCGAGUUCAAUCGUGGAAAUUAUACGAAACCAUUGUUCUCUAAAAAAAAAUCUGCGACAGCUCCGAUUAAUACUUUCCGUGAUUUCGAUACCGAUGCAAUCGUUUCGCAAAGUUCGACUUUACGAUACAUCGCUUUCUCGAAAGUUGCGCUACAUUGCACGUGUGUGUACACGUGUGCAGAUGAACAUUACUUAGCGCACAGUAAUUUGCACGGAGUCACAUACCGUCGUUCACGGCCAGAGCGUGAUGUUAUUCAACCUGUGACUCGUUCUUUGUAUUACAUUUAAGAUAUAUUGCACGAGGUAUUGUGAGGGUGUUUCUCUAUAAUAAGUGACCAUAUUUUAAAAGAAUGUCAUACAGAUCAGGAAAUUCAAUGUGAUAAUUCGACGUGAGGCGAAAUCGAAGCGCUAGUGUGGCUGGCAGCCAAGAACGUGCCCUAUCGACAUUGCAUACAAAAAAAAAAGAUAAUAAAAAAGAAAGUGGAAGAGCUUAUAUAAUCCGCAUUAUAACGAGUGGAAUCAGUAACAAUAGAAGAUGUCGAUUACUUCGUUCGUAAAUUGCUGCAUUGCCGUGCUGCUACUCUUACUCACGAACGAAACCUUCGCAAAUCCCACUUUACGGAAGGAUGAAGAAUUCACUAUCAGAAUCGUUCACACGAAUGACAUGCACGCGAGAUUCGAGGAGACGUCGCAAUUGUCGACGGCGUGUACGUCGGCGGACUCCAAAGCCGGGAAAUGUUACGGAGGUUUUGCCAGAAUCGCCACUCUGGUCCGCCAAGCGAAAUCGGAAUCGCCUUCGACGAUCUUUCUGAAUGCCGGCGACACGUAUCAAGGAACCGCGUGGUACAACUGGUACAAGUGGAAGGCGGUCACUUGGUUCAUGAACCUCUUGGCGCCGGACGCUAUAAGCUUGGGCAACCACGAGUUCGACGACGGUGUCAACGGUUUGAUACCGUUUAUACAAAAUGCCUCAUAUCCCAUCGUGACGGCGAAUCUGGAUCUCAGCGAGCAGCCGGAUCUGGCCGCCACGAAGCUGAAGAACAGCACGAUUCUCAUGGUGAACGGCAAGAAGAUCGGCGUGAUCGGUUACCUGACGCCGGAAACCAAGAUCCUGUCGAGUUCCGAGAAAGUAAUUUUCAAGGACGAGGUGGAGUCCAUCCGGGAAGAAGUUAAGAAGUUGAAGGAACAGGGUGUUGACAUACUCAUCGCUCUGGGUCACUCGGGCUUCGAGACCGAUAAGAAGAUCGCCCGGGAGGUCGAGGAUAUUGACCUGGUGAUCGGAGGUCACACGAAUACCUUUCUCUAUCGCGGCAAACCGCCGGACGUCGAGGUGCCGGAAGGUUUUUAUCCAACGGAGGUGAUGCAGAAGAGCGGCAGAAAGGUCUACGUCGUACAGGCGUACGCGUACACCAAAUAUCUGGGCAAUAUCUCCGUGAGUUUCGACAUUAAGGGAGAGGUAACGCACAUAGAAGGAAACCCGAUUCUCGUGGACUCCAGCGUGGGGCAGGCGGAAGAUGUUGUGAGACUGAUAAACGAGAAGAGAGGACCCAUCGACGCUUUGCAACAGCAAGUGAUCGGAAAGACGCGAGUACUGCUGGAUGGGGACAGCAAGAAUUGUAGACGGCAGGAAUGCAAUAUGGGAAAUUUGAUCUGUGACGCUUUACUCGAUUACUACGCCGGAGAAUAUUUGAAUAAGGACGGAUGGACGGAUGCCGCUAUCGCGGUGCAGAAUAGCGGCACCAUCAGAUCGUCCAUCACCAGAGCCAGAGACGAUCAGGUCACUCGUGAAGACAUCAUAAGUGUCCUGCCCUUUGGAAACAUCGUCACCAAAGCUUCCAUGACGGGACAACAGAUCCUCUCGAUGCUGGAGUGGAGCGUUCAUAAUCUCGACAACAUAACUUCCACCGGGAAUUUAUUCGGCGCUUAUCUACAAUAUUCGGGAUUGCAGGUGGUCUACAACAUCAGUCAACCACCGAACUCGAGAGUGGUUUCGGUCCAAGUUCAAUGCGCAGCUUGCCGAGUACCGUCGUACAGUGAACUCCAGAAGAAUGCAACCUACAAUGUCCUCAUAAACGAUUUCCUCGCGAAAGGUGGAGAUGGUUUUCACAUGCUGGAAGGUCUUGAAACAGUCUCCCUCGGUAUCACUACGGCGGACGUAUUGGAACAGUAUUUUCAAAAACAUAGCCCGGUGCACACGGGUGUGGAGUGGCGAAUUAGAUACGUAGAUAGUGAGAAAAUUGGCUUUCAUAAUCUUGGAACAACGCAUCAAUCCGUUGGAAUGAUGAUUCUUUUAUCAGCCACAAUUUGGUUGUUGUUGACGUAACAAAAUGAUAACUUAUAUAAUUAUAAAUUUACAUAGGCGGACGUAUAUCGAAUUAAGCUAUAUUAUAUUUUACAAUUUUAUACCUUAAUAUUGCAAUUUGUAUCCGUUUUAUUUUUUUUUUCACUCGCGUAACAAAGUGAGCGAAACAUAAACGUUUCUCCACGACAUAGAGAAAUGACGUAUAAUAAAAAAAGAGGGGAUUCAAAUAUACAGUAUUGUCCGCCAUAA